CCAGUAGUUGCAUGUUACUAUGCGCUUGCAAAAUCUGUCACAGCCCUACUUCAGUACCUUGCCAACAGGAGCAACGCAAACGCGAACCCUGUUUGUCGAUAAUUUGUCGCAUUGGAUUGGUUAGUCGGCGGUAAUUUAGGGCUCGACUCAGCUAACCACUGUCCUGCUGUUGUGUAAUACAAAGCCAGGAGGGAAAUAGUUUGCGUUUUAUAGUCAGCAUCUAGAAAGUUAUUAACGAUUUGACUCAUAUGCAGCCUGCUUUUACGACGCGCGUUUAAGUUUACGCACACUGGUUUGCAGAAAUCAGAAAUCAGGAUGAUAUUUGACGUUAGGUGUCCAAACGGAGUGUGUGGCAGAGCUCAUGCCAACCUUUUACGCGGGCACUGCGAUGCAAGUCAGUUUCACUUUCUGGAUGGGAAUACUCAACACGCAGCUGGAACAUGACUGCAAAUAUCUGUAUCCUUUGUGAUGCUACAGCAUUUUCGUGUGUAAUUUAUUACCUGUGGGGCAGCAUCCCCCCUCUGAGUGUGGGGCACCAUGGAGCAGCUAGAAGAGGAACUUACGUGCCCGAUCUGCUGCGGUCUCUUCGACGACCCACGGGUUUUGCUGUGCUCGCACAGCUUUUGCAAGAAAUGCUUGGAGGGACUUUUGGAGGGGAGCCGAGGUCCGGCUUACAGGACACCUUUCAAAUGCCCCACAUGCCGCAAAGAGAGCCCUCACAACGGCGCAAACAGCCUGCAGAUCAACUACUCCCUGCGCGGAAUAGUGGAGAAGUACAGCAAAAUCAGGGUUAUGCCCAAGAUGUCUGUUUGUAAACAACACUACGGCCAGCCUCUCAACAUAUUUUGCGCCACGGACUUAAAUCUAAUUUGUGGCUUUUGCGCAACAACAGAUGACCACAGAGAGCAUAAAUUCUGCUCCUUGGAGGAGGCAUAUGACCGAGAGAAGGAGGCAUUUGAAGAGCUGCUUCACGGGGUGGAGAGCUGGCAGAGCGCAGAUAUGCUGUCCUGCCUGGAGACACUACAAGCCAGUAAGAAAAAGGCGCUCCAGUCUGUCACCAAGGACGCAGAGAAGGUAAAAGACUAUUUCGACAAACUCAUCAGCACCAUUGAAUGCAAAAAGAAUGAGAUCCUCUCCGAUUUUGAAACACUGAAGCUGGUGGUGAUGCAGGCGUACGACCCGGAGAUCACCAAGCUGAGCGUUGCGAUGGAGGAGCACAGGCGGGCGCUCAGCAUCGCGGAGUCUUUCAGGAGCGUCACGGAGCCUCUGUGCUUUCUGCAGCAGAUGCAGGAGUUUCGGGAGAAGUUGAAGGUCCUAAAGGAGACUCCUCUGCCCUCUCGGAAAGACACAGACGUCGGUCCUCUUGUCCGUAAUUUCGAUGUGAAAAAGUGGGAUUCACUGAGGAUCAGAGAAGUGGACAAGAUCUCAGUCCCCCACGAGAGUGGCUCCUACAGAGCGGGGGGCUCACGGCCGGUGGCGCGAAGAUGGAUCAUCCUGUGCAUGAGUUUGUUGCUGUCACCACUGCUCCUGCUGCAGACACACAACCUUGCAGCCUACGUGCCCUCGCAGGCUGAACCGCUUGUCACUGCCGUCUCCUCUCACCUUAGCCACACCGGUGUGUACCUGCGGGAAGUGACUGACAUGUACGCGAGUUUAAUGGCUGCAGGUCAGGAAUGUAUCGUGAACUUAAUUGACUCCACUGUCAGUUUUAUUGGCAGCUGUAAGCUGUUUUAAUUACUAGCCUGUGGCAUCACGGCCAUGAACUCACAGCUACAAAUUGUUAUCCAAGUGACUCGUGAGGUGCACCAAACUAAUCGCACACAUGCACCUGGAAAAAGAAAACACUUGUUUACCUGAUUGUUUACAGUGUCUUUUUGUUUUUUUAUUUUUUACUCCAACCUCAGUGAAGCCAUAGAAUCAAAUACAAUCCUUAAUCUACAGAGGUUGUAGCCUACAUUUGCAGAUAUACUAUCCAUGUGCAAUCUUUCUUUUUUUUAAAUACUACAUGAGAAAUUUACACUGUCCAAGAUGAUCUUCAUAAAUAAAACUGAGAAAUUCA